AUGAGUGCCCAAGCAGCUCCAAAGUGGUAUCCAUCUGAAGACAUUGCAGCUCCAAAGAAGACCAGAAAGACUUCUCGUCCACAAAAGUUACGUGCCUCUUUGGUCCCAGGUACUGUUUUAAUUUUGUUAGCAGGUCGUUUCAGAGGUAAGAGAGUUGUCUACUUGAAACACUUGGAAGACAACACUCUAUUGGUUUCUGGUCCAUUCAAGGUUAACGGUGUUCCAUUAAGAAGAGUGAACGCUCGUUACGUUAUUGCUACAUCUACCAAGGUCUCUUUGAAGGGUGUCAAUGUCGAGAAAUUCAACGUUGAAUACUUCGCAAGAGAAAAAUUGACUAAGCAACAAAAGAAGGAAGCUAACUUAUUCCCAGAACAACAAAACAGAGAGGUCAAGGCUGAACGUAUUGAAGACCAAAAAGUUGUUGACAAGGCUCUUUUAGCUGAAAUCAAAAACACUCCAUUGUUGAAACAAUACUUGGCCGCUUCUUUCUCUUUGAAAUCCGGUGACAAACCACAUUUGUUGAAGUUUUAA